AUGUUCGUUAACAACGUGUACUCUCAUCACUUAAAGGAGAUCUUCUCGGCUGUGAGGAAUGAGUACUCGGAGUGGAACGAGACAGCGGACACUCCACUCAUAGUUCGGGACUCACUCCUGUUGGCUCUCAGUGAUGGACUCACGGCGGCACCCCUUGUGAAGCUGGCCUACCUCCACUCCAGACGUGGUUCCACCACAUAUCUGUUCCACCUGUCCCACCAGGUGGACAAGGACCUUCGCUCUUUGGGUCUCGACAGUGUACGAGGAGACAUAUUGACAUACAUCCUAGGGUAUCCACUGAGAAUAUCUCACAACGAUCAUGAAGAACAACAGACAGUGGCCAUCGCAGUCGCUCACACAAUCUUACGUUUCUUCACCAACUUCGCUAAGACUGGGGACCCAAACUCUCCGGGGGCAGAGCCGGACUACGAGAAUGACAAGGGUGGCACCAACACUUGGGAUAUGUACGAACCUGUCAAGCAACUCUAUCUUGCAAUAGGAGAGGUGACUGAGGUGCAGAGUCACUACCGUGGACACAAGAUGGCUCUCUGGCUGAACUUGAUCCAGCAACUCUUGAAUUCAGAGAAUGACUUCCUAAGUUACAGGGAGUUCGAGGGAGAUGAAGACAAUUUGUACGCUGGAGUGGUGAGGCCGAAGACCUUCACUCGGCCACCCACCCCGACCCCGACCGUGACUACCCCCCAGGGCCAGGAUUGUGUCUGGAAUACCACCUCUGUGGAAAGGCCGCUACCUCCACCUCUACAAGAUGUGUUCAGGUUGACCGGUCCCUGGGGUGUCACUUUCGCUAUCGGAUGUCUGCUACUUCUCUGCAAUCUCCUUCUGUUCGCUAGCGUGUAUCGCCGUCACUUCAGAACCAAGAACAGUUUCGAGCUGCGAUACCGAGCGGCUGCAGACGGAAGUUGUCCGGAGGAACGACUCAUCGCCAAGAGCCAGUCUGCUCCAGAACUCGCUACUACGUCUUUCCUCUCAGAAAGAACAUCGCCAAAAGUCUUGAAAAGGUCCCAAAACAAAUCCUCAGUUUAGGUAUCUGUUUCACUAUAUAGUAGCAAAACCUACAUUUAGGACUUUAAGACUGUUAAAUGU